GAAAACAAAACAUAACGAAAUGCUAGGAGAACAAGGCAGGCCUGGGCAUUAAACAAAAAAGAAAACAAACUAAAGGAGCAAAUAAUGCAGAAGGGAAAGGACAUGAAGCGCACAGGAGUUUAUCGCGUGAGUGGAAACAUUGGGGAUCUGCAGUUGGAACUGAAGCUCCGUCACAUCAGCGAAUGGCUGCCAGUGCCCAAAUUCGAGUACGUGGGAGCCCAGUCCGUGGGCGGACCUGAUAGCCACGACCAUUAUCCCGGAUCGGAGGAGGAGAUCUGGCAGGAUUGCUUUAUUCACGUGCCACAAGGCGAUGAAUCCUAUGGUGGGCCAAAUCGCUUGGGCUACUACUGCAGCUAUUAUAAUUUGGGAAUGGGUAACGCCGGAAAUGCGGGCAAUAUUGAGAGGAGGCGAAGGAGUCCCAUAUCGCAGGAUAAGGAGCAGGAACGGGGAGAGGAGGAUGUGGAGGAUCUGGAGUCCCAGAGCAAUCCCUCGUGGAGCAUCUUCAGCGAAAACAGUCGUCCCGGCGGCGAUCUCUUCUACGCGAGGAACAAGGAGCUCUGCAAUGGUGCCAUUGCCACCCUACGCAUAUCCUGGCAGCAGAAACACUUCAGUCGGGCCGAACUGGAACGCCAUAAGCCCGAUCCCGGAGGCGGUGCCCCAAAGCUCCAGCGGCGCUAUCACAACUGGGCCCUGGAAACAUUGGAGCUGCAGCAGCGAUACCUGCGGAAGAUGGAGGACCUGGAGGAGGAGCACUUGGAGCCCAUUAGAGUGCGUCGCAGGACGCGCAAAUCGAAGCGCAGGACGAGAUCCGGCUCGGCCUUGACCCCCAUGGGCACCGGUUCCAAUGGCCUGUCCUCCGCCACCAUGUCAGAUGUUUCGCUCCUCGACGAUCCCAACUUUGCGGCCAGAACCUGUCUCAUCCACACCCUGGUUGAUGGCGAUGUGGAGGACAUAAUGCCCAGCGAAGCCCGAAAGCUGCAUAAACUGGGCUACCAACUGAUGUACAUCUAUGCCGAUCUGCAGGAGGACACUCUGUUGGUGAGCCUGCGAUACGAUCCCAAACAGGGUCUGCUGUAUGUGUACCCCGACUUCAGUGGCUGUGCCCAGGAUCUGGACUAUGUGGUCCAGAUUGAGCGAGACAACGACUGUCGGCAGUUGUAUGCCUUUGGUUUCGAGAAUGCCACGCCACUGCAGGCCUCCAAAGACGACAGUUUCCUGGAGCAGGAGCUGGACGAACGACUGGAACUGGCUGAAGAUGAUGGGGCCGAAGAGGAUCUGCCCGAAGAAGCCUCUGCCCUGGAGAUUCUGGAGUACUAUCGCAGGCGGAGAGCGGCGGCCAGCGAACGGCGCAAUCUGCUGCAAUUCGAUAUGCCGCCGAAGAGGAUGAGGAGGGUGUCCCUGCUGCUGGAACUGCAGGAGGCUCAGCACUUCGAGAACCCCAACAUCCAUGUGCGGUAUUAUCUUAAGCCGCCGGCGAACACCCUGUGGGAGGCGGCUCCCGGCGGGGAUGAUCCGAUGCAGGGCGCCACGGCCACCUGCAGGAAUGCCGGCGACUGGCGGAUCGCCCGCCUGGGACACUGCUGGCAGGUGACCCUGCUCUGCGAGGAGCAGCACCAGCCCGCCGACCUGCUGCACCUCUACUUCGAGGUGGUCAGCAUCGAUGGUUGGCAGCGGGAGCGGUGCGAGGGCUAUGCCCACUACGCCGUCCCGCUGACAUCCCACAUUGCCCCCUCCUCCACCGACGAUGGUGAUGCCGUGCGGCUGCAGUGCGUCCGACCGCUGGGCAACUGGCUGGAUGGCCUCAAUCGCUACUUCAUCGGCGGUCGACAGCUCUUCGAUUUUGUGGCCUACUUCGAUGUGCAGAAGGAGUCGGAGCUGCAUUCCCGCUUGGAUUUGAGUGGCAGCAGGGCCAUGACCACGACGGGAUCUCUAAUGCUCCGGCUGCAGAAGCUCCAGCAGCGACAGGUCGACCCCUCCAGCCAGCUGCAGUUCCAUCUUGAUCUCGGGAAUGGCAGCGAUGGCGACAGCGAUGAGGAGGUCGGGUCCAGUUCGAAUGCGGACACGGCCAGGGCAACCACUUUGGACGAGGUGAUGGCCGCCUAUGUGGAAGCCAGGGAGCGGAUCGAGUCGCUGCUGGAGGCCAGUGGAUGAGAGACCUAAAUAUCCCCCUCCGUUUAUCCCAC